AUGAGGAAGCAUUGGCAGAAAGCGCACCAUUGGUCGCCAGCCACCAGAGGGGGUCAUCCCAGCCAAGCUGAGCAGAAACGCAUAGCACUACGCAGCAAGCAGAGACAUAGGCACGUGCAUUACCAGCGACUGUUUGUCCAGGGCAUCGGGUCACAGUAUUCCGAGGUCCACCGGCCCGAAUCCACCCCCGAACCCAUGGACAGCGACACGGCGUGGGCGCGGGUCGUCAGAAACAUGGACCAGGCAUGGGCUAGGGUGAAGAAGCGGGCCGAGACGACGAUCCAGAACGGCAUGGAGCGACCCGAGUUGUUGGCGAGCGUAGAGGCGCCCGAAGCCGAAGAAGAGCCCGUAGCAGCCGCAAUGUGGGAAGCCAUGGAUGGAUUAGUGCAGGUCAGCCAGGCGUUGGAAGGGCGCCAACCAGUACCCCCCAUAUUAUCGGCCGUCAUCAAGGUCGCCCGGUUCAUGAUCGUGCAGCAGGCAUUGGAGUUAUCGGAGCUAUUUAAGGACGACGUCGACGGCAACAGCACAUACAAGAGCGACAGCAAGAGCACCCCAUAGCAACGCCAGCCAAGAGGCUGUUUGCAGC